AUGUCGUUGCCGGUGUCGUCGGAGACCGGCUGCGCUGCCGCGCCCCCAGCGGAGACUGGAAUCCGUCGCGGGACCGCCGAUGCACGACUGGCCGAGGCUCCUCACCACUGCUGGGCCGACCACAACCCGACCGGAUGGUUCGCCAGUGGCCGGGGACCGUUGAAAUCUGCGCCGGCUAGGAGCAGAAGGACGUCUUCGGGCAGCCGCCCCAGACAGCAGAUCCAGCUGGAGGUGUGGAGAGUGACUGAGUGCAUCGAACAGACCAGAGCGGAGCCCAAGAUGCUGAGACUCCGUUUAACUCUCUCUGUCCUCCUGGGGCUGCAGGUUGCAGGAACAGGAGCAAGUAAAGUUGUGGUAGAGGCGUGCAAGAACAUGAUGUGUUAUGCUGUCACGCCAGACAAUGAGUAUGAUAAUUAUGAAGAGAUCCAGUUAACAAACGUGCAAUGGCUUUAUACGUUUGUUAGUGGAAAGGAUUUGAAGACUGCAACAAAGAUCGCCUUGGACAAAUUUUUUGAUUAUUCACGUUUCGGCAAUGCUGCAGAUACAAUCGUUCCCAUUUCUGCUGCUUGGGCAAUUUACGCCCCAUUUGAAAAUGGCAAGAUUAAACAGGAAUUUUCAUUUUUCAUUACUCUGCCUCUUGAAGUCGUAAGUCCACCUGAUCCAAAUGAUUCAUCAAUUUCUGUCGUCUUUCAUCCUGAACAUUCAGGUUAUGUCAGGACAUUUGAGCAGAAAACUGAAGACUACGAGAGACUCGCCAGUGAAUUAAAAAAGGACUUGGAGAAAGACGGCCGUGUCUUUAACAACAAAUAUGUCUAUAUCGCAUGGUUCAACACACAGGGACUUAUGCAAAUAGCAUUUCGUGACAAUUAAAACAUAAUCUCUCACAGAUGCUCUGCUACAUUUACAGAUUCCAAACAGUGAGAUGUGCUAAACUCUAUUCUUCACUUUAACAAGGGUCUCCCACCUACUGCUACAACAACAUGUAUUUAUGUGACAACUUUAUGGAGCAAAACCAGC